AACUGUCAAAAAGGCCAAAAUAAAAAUGGUGUCUUGGAGUGCUCUCGGUCGAUCUUUCGGCAUAAAUUUGGUAAAAAAUUCUUUAAAGUCGCCUAAUAAAAUACAGAAUGUGACUUUCACCACCGCGAAAACCUUAAAAGGCAGUCAUGGAGAAAGAACAAUGGCACUGCAGCCAUCCAGAUGGCAAUGGCACAAAUUUAAGGAUAUGCUGCACUUUUACAUGAUGGUUGGACUUAUACCGGCCGGUGCCCUUAUAUUCUACUGUAACGUAUUCAUUGGGCCGGCGCAAUUGACACCUAUCCCUGAAGGAUAUACGCCCAAAUACUGGGAGUACCACCGCCAUCCAAUCACCAGAUUUAUUGCUCGCUAUAUUCACAACAAUCCACAACAGGAUUAUGAGAAAUUUAUGCAUUUCCUUGAUGAAGAACAACAGAGAAUAAAACUGCGUGCAUUAGAAAAAGAAAUUAUCAAAAAAAUGGCUGAGCGCCAGGACUACCAAGCCUAUUACUAUAAACCGAUGGUCAACAAAUACUUACGUAUGAAUAAGAGAACCGGUGAUGAAUUGUAUAACCGUAUUGGUGAUGACUACAAGGAUUAAACUGAUAGAUUUAUGUGGUGAUUAAUGUAUUUAGUAAUCAAGUGAAUUGUUACAUAUUGCAAUGUAGAUAAAUAAAGUUGAAUUGUUAGUACUUUUCUUCUUUUUGUGAAUGCAACCUAUAGAUACAUCGGGGCUGUGUAAUUCAAUACCUUUGUCUUUUUUCGAUGUUUGGUUUACCUUUGAUUUGUAUGAUUAUAAAUAGUGUAUUUUUACUUAAUAGCUAUAUUUGCAAUGAAAUAAAAGAUAAAAUGUA